AUGGAGCUCCUGAGUCUAUUUUUAUUACCUGCUACAUGGGGACACACAAAGGACCCAGUCGAAAUCAAAUUGUUUCUUAAGCCCGACUUGAGGUUGAGAGUCAAGGGCAUUCCCUUGGCCAACACAAGUAUCGAGGAAAAGGACGGGAGGUAUGCAAUAACAAUAGGAAACUCGUAUCUGUCUGGAGAUGGUGUCGUGGAUAUCAGCAGAGACGAGUUCUACUGGGAUGUGUAUGACAGGCAGCUGGGCACCGUUAUAUGCUCCGAGGGGCAGUGUCUGACACAUGCAGAAGACGGCCUGGAGAUGCGUCCGUGUCUGGACCCGUCUGACUUCAGAAGUGCAUCACAGCUAUUUCAGAUAGAGAGCAUUCCCGGAAUACCCAAGGAUUCAAAUGUAAUAUACAGGAGAAUGGACCUGGUGGGGAAGGUGGAGAAACUGGUGGAUCCACUGAAUAACAGGAUCGCAGAGCUUGUGGAUAGAAUGGAUUCGUUUGGCACAGACCCUGAGGAGCAGGAAAAAUGCUAA